GCGGGCGGGCGGCGCUCCACACACGGCGGCGGCGCGAUGCUGUGCCGGCACCUUCGGCUGCUCCUGCAGCCCCGCGGGCACUCCAUGCCCGCCUCCGAGGCCGUGCCGCAGCCGUCCCCCAGCAAGAGGCAGAAGGGCUCGGGUCCCGGCGAGCACAGCACACGGCUCCGCUUCACCAAGCUGUCCGAGAACGCCUUCGCCCCCUCCAGGGGCUCCGCGCGGGCUGCGGGCUACGAUCUGUACAGUGCCUAUGACUGUGUGAUACCACCCAUGGAAAAGGCAGUAGUGAAAACAGACAUUCAAAUAGCACUUCCUUCUGGGUGCUAUGGCCGAGUAGCACCACGUUCUGGUUUAGCUGCAAAGCACUUCAUAGAUGUUGGUGCUGGGGUUAUUGAUGAGGAUUACAGGGGAAAUGUUGGUGUAGUACUCUUCAACUUUGGCAAGGAGACUUUUGAAGUUAAAAAAGGGGAUAGAAUUGCCCAGCUCAUCUGUGAACGCAUUUAUUAUCCUGAGCUAGAAGAAGUUGAAGCUCUGGAUGAUACAGAACGUGGUGAAGGUGGCUUUGGUUCUACUGGGAAGAACUGAAAAUUACUUGAAUAUGUUUUAUAUAUUUUUUUUGUUACACUGUUUCUAAAUUUUCAUUUGAAUUAGAAGUGGGAUUUUAGGACUGCAUAAGAACAUUUCCAGUUUUAUUCCAGCUUCUCUGUAUCCUCCUGUCUAUUUUUACAGGCAGUGAAUUUGCAUAAUGGGGAAAUGUGCACGACUGUCUUGGCUGAUCAGUUGAUGUUUGGUCCUCAACAAUAAGAAUGUGUUGUUUAUGUGUUGAUUAUGCUCUAAUAAAUUAAAAAAUAACUUUGACUUGGCA